AUGACAACCUCAGAGAAGGAGUUGGAGCUCCAGCUCCCUCGAGAAGAUGGCAAUGGCGAGACGAUGGAGCUGAACAACGCCCAGGAGCAACGCGUUCUCUCCAAGUUUGACAGAUUCGUCAUGCCUCAGAUGGCCAUUCUUGUCCUCUUCGCCUACCUUGAUCGAACAAACAUUGGAAACGCCCGCGUCUUUGGCUUUGAGGAGGACACUGGAAUGCACGGCACCCAGUUCAACGACGUCUCCAUGUACUUUUACAUCUCAUAUGUCAUAUUCGAAACGCCCUGGGUCGUCGCCGUCAAAAGAUUCGGCCCAGGCCGCGUCCUCGCCAUUGCCAUCGUCAGCUGGAGCGCCAUCACCAUCGGAACCGGUUUCGUCCACAACUACGGCCAGGUCAUUGCAUGCCGCGUGCUCCUCGGUUUCUUUGAGGCCGGCCUCUUCCCAGCCCUCACCUUCACCAUCUCCCAGAUCUACCCGCCGGCGAAUCAAGGCAAGCGUGUCGCGGUUCUCUAUAUCUCCAUCGCCCUGUCUGGGGCGCUCGGUGGUUUGAUUGCCUACGGAAUUCAGUCUAUGGGUGCACGCCAUGGGCUAUCGGCUUGGAGGUGGCUCUUCAUCAUUGAGGGAGCCAUCUCACUACUCGUCGGCAUCGCAUGUUGGGUCAGCCUUCCUACUUCCCCGGAGACGGCAUGGUUCCUCAAGCCUGAGGAAAAGUCGACCAUGCUGGUCAUCAAGGAGCGGAACCACCCCUUCAAGGAGACUCAAAAGUUCUCAUGGAAGCAGGUCGUCAUGGCACUCACUGAUCCCAUGGUCUAUCUCUCAUCUUGCGCUCUGUUCUGUUCAUCCAUCGCCCUCUUUGGCUUCGGUACUUUCCUUCCCACUCUACUGAAGGGCCUUGACUACACUUCCCUCCAGGCGAAUUACCUCAGCAUCCCCGUCUACGUCCUCGCCUCCAUCUGCGUAGGUAUCACGACCUUUGUCUCUGACAGACUUAACCGCCGAGCAAUCUGCCUCAUUCAUUCUCCUCUUUUGGUCAUCACGGGAUACGCUAUUGCCGUCGGAACUGGCCACAAGGGGGUGGGCUUCUUUGCCAUGUUCCUUGUGGGCGCCGGUGUCUACUCUUUCAACACCGUGCUUGUCACAUGGGUGUCCAACAACAUCCAGCCUGACUACAAGCGAUCUGUGGCAAUCUCCAUGCUCAUCUCGAUUGGAAACGCCUCUGGACUGGCCGCUUCCCAGAUCUAUCCCAUCGACGACGCCCCACGAUAUGUCAUGGGAAAUGCCAUUUCCCUCGGUGGAGAGGUCAUUGCUCUGCUAUGCAUCGGACUUUUAUAUGCGCUCUUGAAAUAUCGCAUGCGUCAGAAGGAGCGCAUGUUGGCUGAGGGCCUGGAGAGCAAUGGUAUGGAGGAUGAUCGUGGUCUCGGGUUCAAGUAUGUGUUCUAG